AUGGCUCCCGUCCCGGAGGCCUAUUUCCCGUCCCUGGACAAGUGCUUCUCCGGGGACGUCCAGCUCUUGUCCUGGAAGAGGGCUUUCAUCUACACUCUUGACCAGAAGGAUCAUCCCGACAAUGAGGGCAACAUCGAUGCCUUCCUUUCACACCCCGAGAGCAUUCGCAUACUUUCCGACAGCUUGAAACCAUUCCCUCCACCCUCCGCGAAAUCAAAAUCUGAUUUUGAGUCCAAAACUGCCGCCAUUCAUGUCGAAACCAAUGGCAAGAACUCGUUUGAUCUGAAGGAAAUCAAAGCCGACGCCUUGUGGGUGAGCCAGCAGGCUGGAAUUGAUGAGGUCGCUGCUCUUCGAAUCGCAGUAUUGGAAUGGCAAAAUCGCCCGGCAACCCGCCUUGCUUCCGGCUUUUCUACCGAGGAAACCACAAGUCUACAGAGCGCGGCUGGAGCCGAGAACUUUCGGGGUUCACUAGCUGGCCCCAGCCUGGCUAGCAUCCUGACCCAAACCGCUAGAAGUGAAGUGACUAAGUCAUUCGACACAGAGGAGAGUAGGCGACUACGCCUUCGUGAGGUGUAUCUCUCUGAGGCAAGCCAUGUUGUGAAGACACUUCGCAAGCUACUUGCCUUGUCCCAGCAUGAUGGUCCUGCAGUCUCCUCGGUUUCUUCAGCCAGUAAUGAACGCAAAGUUGCUCUCAAGAAGCUGGGAACUGCGCUUUUUAAGAACAAGUCCAAUGGCGCUGAGCUGGAGCGAUUCCUCCAAGACUGCAUUGACUCGAUACGGAGUCGAUUGACCUGUCUAGAAGGUAAUGGUGGUUGGCUCAGUGCUUCGGAAAGCAGUGAAGACUUGGAGACCACUUGGAGAACGGCUUUGGUGGAAGAAGUUGUCCAUGUGAUGCAACUUAUAUUCCAUCAAGUUCAAAGCUCCAGGGAAAUUCCGACUUCGACAAUCCUGUCUUCUUGGCUCCAACUCAUGUCUGACUACAGUUUCAUGGAGACAAUCCAAGUGCAUUGUCAACAACCAACGGAGGUCUUGCUCCCUCUUCAAGCACUUGCAUCGCUUAUCACAUUGGCAAUCUUGAAACUACCACAUGUUAUCUCUUCAAUCAAAGAUGGCACGCACACCAACUUCGCCAACAAGCCCUACUUUUUGUGCAAAGACAAGAUCUCCAAAAUUACGGAGAUCUUUACCACCUUAGGUGGCGAAAUCACUACUGCCACCCCGGCGGCAUUUUCCUGGGGACUGGUCUUGUACACCAUGCAACAGCUGGCAGACUCUGCGAGACACGGGCGAGAAGAACGACAGAGAAUCUCUGCCGAGAGAUCGUUCAACACAAAUACAGAAAACACAGACCUUUCGUUCGUAUCGGAACAGACGAUCUAUGAAGAAAUUCUUGAUUGUGCUCAAACCCCACAAGAUACCGCGGAAAGUGCCAUUACCAUUCUCACGUCUGAAGUCUUCAAAGAAUCGGCGUUCCGCACUGUCUCCGUCCUUGCUAGCAAAGCGGGAGAUAUGUCAGCAGUUGAUGAUGCUCUGACGAGCAGAUGGAUUCGCUUGUCGCUUCUUGACCUUGUCCGAGUCUCUACGCUGUUUUUGGAUUAUUCCCCCGAAAUUCUGGAGGCGGUUCUGACCAUAUUGGGUGAUAGCGAUAACCAGUCGUCGAACGACCUUGACUUCUUGGGGCCUGAGUCCGACCCCAAAAUCUCAUUCGCACAGGACCAGGAUUUGAUGGAUACUAUCUUUCAUGUUGCGCGAUCUCGUUUCCCCUAUGAAACCUCACCAUUCCUCCAACUUUGCCGUGCUCUUGUCAGCCCACAUUCUUUAACUGAAGAUGGUCUUCCAUCCAUCAUUGAAGAGCUAGAGAACAUGCAAUCCUUCACUCAGAUCGUAUCACCCCACUUCCAAGGCUACGACACCAUUCGAGAGGACGAGAACGCAGACUACGUAGCCUUGCUACAGCCUCUCCCAAUGUUUGAAGCCUCUUCUCGACACCGUCUUCUCGAAAACACCACAAGCAAUGCACUCGUUGUCAGUGGGUCCUCUCAGAUUCCUCAACAAACCGUUGGUCAAGUUGUCUCUGAGUCAAGACCUGCUGUCAUUAAGUGGGCGCACCAGUACUCUUGCUUGAGCUUCUUGGGAAGCUGGCUUGAAGAAUGGAGUGAAAGCGGAGCGCAGUCCCCCGAAUGGACCGAAGACACGGCCACAGACAUCAUUGCCCUAUUCGCGGACUUGAUCGCAAAUUCCAAAACACAAAGCUCCGAAGAAGCAUGUGGCAAAAGGAUUUUGGAAAUGGCAAGUGACGGUUUGUCAAAACAGGGGGAUAUAAUCUCUGUGAUCUUUGACAUCUUUGAGCGCAGCCUGCAAACCAUCGGCACCCGUGGCGACUUGGGCAAUUCUUUGGGUUCAACCAUGGAAUGCUUGCGGUUCAUCAAGGCACUCUUAAAAGUACUCCCGAGUCGUGUCUGGCCUUUCCUCGGGCGCAGUAGCUUCAUUGGGUCUGACGGGAAGGGUGGGGUGAUGACUGCCAUUAUCUCUGCUAUGGAGAUCCCGGCGGGUCAUUACCCCUUCUUGUUGAACUGUGUCGAGCUCGUUGAUGCUGUGAUCGAUGAUGCGGCGUCUCGAGCCGUGCUGCGGAAAUCUCCCGGCAUUGCUGGGAGCAAGUCAACCAUUGCCUCUGAUUGGAGUGCCGGAAUCCCAUCACAUGCCAUGAGGACUAUUUUGUUGAACUUCACUCGUACGACGGUGGAGGUAUUCAACAGCAACGGGAAUUGGAGAUUCAACUUGCCAGAACAGCGCUUCAAGAUCAACUCGAUGCUAGCUAGAUCUUUUGAGCGGGUACUGUAUUAUGCCUACGGAAUCAACGAUAGCUCAAAGGUCGAGGCGAAGAUCACAGGGGUGUUUUCCACAUCUGCGGCAUACAUUCUGGAUAUGCUACGUCCUCAGUCCACCGCUGACUUGCCCUUCAACCCGAUAUUCCGACUUAUUGCGGACGGUCUUCAAACACCCCCUACACUCCACCUCAGAUACCUCACUCUCGUCGAGGACCAGGUCAAGUCCACGUUACAGCUCUGUAUCAAACUCAUCCAAGCAGCUCAUCUAGCGGAGCUGCCCGGCUCGCUUUUGGAAGAACAGCUGUUCAAAGCGACCCCGGUCCUCAUCAAGCUCUACGCAUCGCAUGAUGCGUAUAGGCUGCCAGUUGUAUCCCUACUCGAGAUUUUGAUAUCAAGUGCCGCCUCAAAUGCGGACAAUGAGCCUCCUUCCCUUGUUGGUCAUCUGGGAGCAGAAUCAGCUGGUCUUUUCCUUGACGUCUUGUCACAACUUGACAGGCCACUGUGCGACCAGUCUUUGGUUAUUGCAGUAUGGCAGCUACUCUCCACUUUUGUCAGCAAGCGCCAACAAUGGCUUGCUGUGUUCAUUCUCACAGGCUCAUCUCCUCGUCAAACCCUCAAAAAAGAAUCUGGCGCAAGUGGUCUCAGCAUGAGAAGCGUUCCUUUCCUAGAUAUGGCGCUUGAGAAGCUUUCCCAUAUUGAUCAAGAGCAGCCUGAGGUGGCUUUGGCCUUGCUUGAAUUCGUUUCACGCGCCCAAGAGAACUGGCCAUGGGCCACUCCUCAUCUCAGCAAGCACCCGCACUUCUUCACCAGCAUCAUCAAUCAUGUAUCAAAGUUGAAAAUUUCUUCUCUGCCCAUGAUGGACCAGAUCUACGCCACACGCAUAGCCGCCGUUGUCGCAGAUUUGUGUGCAGUCUAUUUACAUUCUGCAAAGGAAAUGGGCGACCGAAGCUUCAUAAAGACUUUAAUCCCGCUGGUAUCAUGGUAUUCCAAGGACGCCGUGGAAGUUUCAGCUUACAACUCCUCAUUGCAUGCUAACCUGAAGAAGAAUUUCGAAAAUCGUUAUUCAGGAUGCAAGAUGGUUGACUUCAAGAGGACCCCGCUCGAAGCUCGCUCACUCGGACGGGAUUACUACUACGAUCUGGGCAUGGGAGACAAGCUUCUCUCCUACGACUUUGCCUGGGCGGGCGCUAAAAACCGAGGCUUCGCCGAAGAGUUCGAGCGAGCCAACAUUAAUUUGUCUCUUGUCGAGGCUCAGGUUGGUCUCUUGAACAGCUGGAAGUUCUUUGCAAUCGAGCAUUGCGCCGACUUCAUGCCCGAUACCGAAAUCCGAAAGUCGAUGGCGUUGGUCGCCCAGAGUUGCUUGAGAGCCAACAUCAGCAGCGGUCCUCCUGAGGCUAUUUUUGUGCGGAUUCAACAAGCGCGUAUCAAUUUCGCCCAGGCGCUUCUACAGCGACUUGUCGAAGUUAAUGCUAGAGGUGCCGAGGUUUUCCAGCUGCUUGAGAUUACAUGGAAAGCACUGCGCGCUCGUCAUCUGACAUAUGAAGAUGCUCUGAUUAACAACGAUACCGAAUACUUCCGCUCUCUUCUGAACGUUCUGUUCCUUGCCCUCCAAUUCCACGUGGAUAGUCCCUCCCGAAGCGUCCCCGAAGCCAUCAACAAGCGAGCCGAGAUUUCAUCGGAUCUGAUUGUUGUCGUGGAAGUUGUUAAAACGAUCGUGGCCCAGGGUUUCAAAUCUCUCACUACUUAUCUGCAUGAUGAGCCAGACAAGUGCACCCCUAAAGAUUUCGCCAUCAUCAUUGCCAUCCUGCAAACAGCCUUGCAAGUCAAGAAUGUUGAUCGUGUUUAUGAGCAUAUCCUCUAUCCAAUUGAGGAGAAUGAGACCGCUCGCCACGCCACAACACUCUUCUCCUGGGCUGAUCAAUUAGCUGUGUCGGGUGAUCCAGUGUAUGCCGAGCUCAGCGUCUCAAUUUUGGUCAAGAUGUCUAGUCUGCCUCGGCUCGCUGAGCACCUGGCCGUCGAAGGCGUAUUGGUGAACCUAUCCACCUGUCGCCUGACUAAUCUUCUCACCCAGCACAAGUCCUUCGGGCCUUUUGACCCUGUCCCUCGACUGUACACAAUCUGGACCGGAGGAUUCCUUCCCCUCUGUCUCAAUAUGAUCUACAGUGUCAUGCGAACCGCGCCCGAGGUGGCAGCUUUCAUCAACCAAUUCGAAAGCCGCCUGACCCGAGCUCAAGAGGCAUUCUCCUCCGGUCACGCGACUUCCGCGUCAUCUGCACCAGCUUCUAAAUGGAUCAGCCUCAGCAUGGUUUCAGAGGCCUACUCGCUGGCCCUGAUCACCUUCAUUCUGGGGCGCUUCCGGGAAUCCGGUGCCAGCGCUGGAGUUGAUACCCUAUCCAUUCAGGACAUUAAAUGGGACAAGGUACAGGUGAAGGAGGACAUUGAGGAGCUUCUCCGUCGCCGACCCGCCCUGCGCGCCCGCAUUGUCGCGACUAGUGAAAAGGAGGUGGAAUGGUCUCGCCAGAAACCACUCGAUUCCACUUCUGGCGCUGAAAACCGAUUAGAGGAGAAGGUUGUCAGUGAGAUGAAGGCAGCGAUUGCCUGUCUCGGUGGUGAAGAAUCAUGA